CCCCUCUUGCUCCACCCAUCUUUCUGUGUCUAUGGUGAGCGAGGGGGACGGAGCGCCCUCCUUUUUUUCUGGACCGGAAACGGGAAGCGCUCCCACUGCCGGACAUGCGUAGUGAGGCGGCGCCGGCGGCUUUGCGCGCAUGCGUGGAGGGCUGGCCCGGGGAGGCACGUGAAGGUCGCGGGGAGCCUUCUCCAUUCACACGUACCGGAGCGCGGUUUCUUUCCCGUCUCUCGGCUCCGCUCCGCUCCGCCGGCCCGGCAUGGACCCGUCGUCCGCCGUGGGGGACUUGGGAGCGGCGGUCAACGACCCGCAACUGCAGCACUUCAUUGAGGUGGAGACGCAGAAGCAGCGCUUCCAGCAGCUCGUGCACCAAAUGACGGAGCUCUGCUGGGAGAAAUGCAUGGACAAACCUGGGCCCAAGCUGGACAGCCGAGCGGAGGCCUGUUUUGUGAACUGUGUGGAGCGCUUCAUUGACACCAGUCAGUUUAUUCUUAACCGUUUGGAGCAGACGCAGAAAUCCAAGUCGGCUUUUUCCGAAAAUCUCUCGGACUGAACUGGAAGCUGCAGGGUCACUGUUUUCUUUUGUUAAAGGGGAAGCGAUCUAUGAUAUGGGAAUGGAGGAGGUGGCUAAAAGAGAACAGAGGAAAGGAUCUCUAGGGAUACGCUGUGCAGGGGGUCAACCUCCAUGUCUGUGAUGGACGCCUGAGCUUCCUGACCACCUUGACUGAUUCUGGUUUUAAAUUCAACUCUUAUGGACAUCAGCAGUCAGACCAAUGAGGCCAUAUAACAUCACACCCUUGAUUCUUAACAUGGGCUUGUGUUGCCUUUUUUUAUUUUUAAAAAAUAUUCUAUUUUGGAUAAUGGGAGCCUCACAUCAGAAUUUUGACUUGAACAGCUUGCUUUCCCAGUGGUGUAACCAGAGAAGCACACCUGUCAAUGCUUGAGGACUUCCUUGUUCUUCAUGGUAUAAGAGAUCAGGGAAGCUUCAGACGCCAGUGUGAAUCCAGGAAAGGGCAAGGGGUCUAAAUGUGCCUUUAGAAAUGGUACGGUGCUUUAUUAGCAUGAGUCCUUUAAACAGUAUGAAUCUCUUGCCUGCUACUUAUCUGAACAUGCAACUGAGUUGACCUUUGUUAAGCUGUGAAUAGGUGGUAGCAGAUGAACAGAGGGAGGCAAACAUAGUUUGUGGGGUGUAUGCCAGUAGAGACUCAUCCAUUUUUUAAUGAGGUGCUUAUUCCGACCCUCCUUAUCACUGCUAGGAUGACAAAUUCAAGGGGCAUGGCUGCUGGGAAGGAAUAUCAUUUACAUGGUCAUGUAAAUGUUUCACUCACUAAGUCUAGAAGUUAAUCCUCAAUUUCUCGAUUUACUCCUUUCCUCUUGAUCAGUGGAAUAAACAUCAGCUGAAUCCAUUUUAAGCUG